AUGGUUAACAGUAGAUUGAUUGCAAUUAAAAAACAAAAGAAAAAAGCUCAUACAAAUAAUAGCAAUAAUAAUAACAACAAUAAUCCACAACAACCACAACAACCACAACAACCACAAUCACAACAACAAAAAAAAGCACCACAACAAAAACAACCACAACAAAAACAAACAAUUUACAAAGAAAGAGAAAAAAAAAUUGAUGAAGAUUUUACAAAAGGUAUUGAUCAUAUCAACUCUGAAUUUUUCAAUAAUUUAGAUAUAAAUGAUAUUUUAAAAGAUAACAAUUUUAUGGAUCAAUUACAAGGUCAAAUGUUAAACAAUCCAGAUAAAUUUAUUAAAGGUAUUAAAGAACAACUUUUAUUAUUAGCCCAAAGAGGAGAUUGUGAUGUCCCAGAACCAAACAAGAUUAACGAUUUAUUUGCAACUGAAAACCUUGUAGAAAUUCUCAAAACAGGUUUUGGAAAUCUAGUUGAAGAUGCCAAUAAAAAUAGCGAUAACAACGACAGCAGCAGCAGCAUUGAUAUCAAGGAUACCAACUAA